CCUAAUUCAUCUUUUUCCAUCGUCAAAGACCAUUUCUUUUUUUCUAUUGGGGAGUUCUAUCAACAACGAGGAAUCUAAUAAAACCUGUGGAUGAUAUUCCGAAUUAGAAAACUCUACAAAAUUGAUAGAUAAGAGUUAAUCGACCGUGGUGGUCAACCGACCAUGGCGGAAGUCGAGACGCGCCACCUAGGCGAGCGGUCGCCAAACCAAGUUCCUAUCCCUCGAUCUCCACGUCGCGACAAUGAUCGCGGUCGACCUCGAGAUGGCGGCGAUAAAUAUCGACCUGCACGCGAUCGCGGCCGUCGUUCUCCCCCUCCACGCCAACGCUCGCCACCUCGUCAGCGCACGCCCCCCAAAAUGCCAACCGAGGAAGAGAAGCAGGCAGCCGCGAAAGCCGAGUACGAGAAGCUAUUAAAUAUGCGAUCGGGAGGCACGUACAUUCCGCCGGCGCGUCUGCGCGCGCUACAGGCUCAGAUCACGGAUAAGACGAGCAAAGAAUACCAGCGCAUGGCUUGGGAGGCGUUGAAGAAAAGUAUCAAUGGUCUGAUCAACAAGGUCAAUGUCUCGAAUAUCAAACACAUCGUCCCGGAACUGUUCCAGGAGAACUUGGUUAGGGGAAGGGGUCUGUUCUGCAGGAGUAUUAUGAAAGCGCAGGCUGCCAGUUUGCCGUUCACGCCCGUGCUAGCGGCGAUGGCGGCGAUUGUCAAUACGAAACUGCCCCAGGUCGGCGAGCUGCUGGUUAAGAGAUUGGUCAUGCAGUUCAGGAAGGCGUUUAAGCGGAAUGACAAGGCGGUUUGCUUGUCUUCGACUAUGUUUAUUGCGCAUUUGGUCAACCAGCAGGUCGUUCAUGAGAUGCUGGCUGCUCAGAUGUUGAUCCUUCUACUGCAAAAACCGACGGAUGAUAGCGUGGAAAUUGCAGUCGGUUUAACGAAGGAAGUGGGUCAGCAUCUGGAGGAGAUGAGCCCUGCUAUCGCAAACAUUGUCUUCGACCAAUUCAGGAAUAUCCUACACGAGGCCGAUAUUGAUAAGCGCGUGCAAUUUAUGAUCGAGGUCCUAUUCCAGGUGCGAAAGGACAAGUUCAAGGAUAAUCCGGCUAUCAAAGAGGAAUUGGACUUGAUUGAGGAAGAAGAUCAAAUCACACACCGAGUCGAACUCAGCGCCGAGCUUGACGUACAGGACGGACUUAAUAUCUUCAAAUUUGAUCCGGAAUGGGAGGAUAAUGAAGCGGCUUAUAAGAGAUUACGAGCUGAGAUUCUGGGAGAGGGAAGCGAUGACGAAGAAGGCGACGAUGAUGAAGAUGAGAGUUCUGAAGAAGAGGAUGAGGAACAGAAGGCGAUGGAAAUUAAGGACCAGUCUAAUACCGAUUUGGUGAAUCUCCGCAAGACGAUUUAUCUCACGAUUAUGAGCAGCAUGGACCCCGAGGAAUGUGUUCACAAGCUUAUGAAGGUCAAUCUACCAGCUGGCCAAGAACCCGAGUUACCGUCUAUGGUGGUGGAAUGCUGCAGUCAAGAGAAGACUUAUUCUAAAUUCUUCGGCUUGAUUGGAGAGAGAUUCGCGAAGAUCAAUCGUCUAUGGUGCGAUCUUUUUACUCAGAGCUUCGAGAAAUACUACGAAACAAUUCAUCGAUACGAGACGAAUCGAUUGCGAAAUAUUGCGAGGUUUUUUGGACACUUAUUCGGUUCGGACGCCAUCGGCUGGCACGCCUUGUCCGUUAUUCACCUAAACGAAGAGGAGACAACAUCGGCGAGUCGAAUCUUCAUCAAGAUUCUAUUCCAGGAAAUUUCUGAAGAGCUUGGCAUGAAGAAAUUGCAAGCGCGGACGCGAGAUGAAGCUCUACAGGAUAGCUUUACUGGUCUCUUUCCCCGCGACAAUGCACGUAAUGUACGAUUCUCGAUCAAUUACUUUACGAGUAUUGGUAUGGGUGCUCUAACGGAGGAGAUGAGAGAAUACCUUGCAAAUAUGCCAAAGCCAGCUCUUCCUGCACCUCCCGCCGAUGAAGAUUCCGAUUCCGAUUCAGUUUCUAGUUAUUCCUCAUACACUGGUUCAUCCUAUUCAUCUCGAUCUGGAUCUAGGUCACGAACACCACCACGAAGAGCUCUUGAUAGAGGCCGUUCGCUAUCACGAACGCCACCACGACGAGGCAGAUCACCAUCGUAUAGCCGAAGUCGUUCACGGUCUCGUUCGUACUCAUCUUCCCGAAGCCCGUCCCCAGGACGAACCAAUAAGAGAUUUUCGGAUUCUCGUAGCCCACCGCCACGUGGCCGUCGGGAUUCUAGCUAUUCUCGCUACAGAUCAGUAACCCCACCGAAACAAGGUCGUGGCAGACCUCGUUCGUUCAGUAGAGACCGUGGUUCCACACGAUCUCGUUCAUACACACCAUCAAGAAGCCGCAGCCCCCCACCACGAAAAGCUGCAGUGAAACAUUCAUUGAGCCGUAGCCCGCCGCCACGCAAAGCACCGGCAAGACGGAAUUCAUAUUCCGUUAGUCCUCCCCGCCGACCGCGUCGGGGUUCAAGUUACUCCCGAUCCCGAUCUCCGCCCCCAAAACGAGGUCGCCCCUCAGGAAGGUCACCAUCACCUAUAAGAAGACGAAGAAACACAAGUUCCGUUAGUAGCGCACCCCGAAAGAGGCCUAGAUAUGAGGAUAGUCGAUCGCCUACUCCUGUCGAUGUGAAGAGAAGACGAUAUAGUUACAGUCCAAGCAGAUCAAGGUCGCGAUCACCACCGCCUCGCGCUAGACGAGAUAGUAGGGAUAGAGGUUAGAAGCCUAGAAAGUCAAGGCAGAAAGUCAAACGAAGGACUCGUUUUGGGAGCUGCAACUCGUUGGAGACGCAAGAGCUACCUACGGAAAGGGGGAUCAAAUGCAGUUCAUCCAGUCCGUAUCCGCUUUAUUCGCCAAUUUUAAGAGCGUCCCUUGGGAUCAAGGAGGAGGUGAGGUAAAGGUAGAGGUGUAAUGAGAAUAGGAUAAGGGGUUAAAAUGGCCAAUAACUCCAACCCAUGUUUUUAGUAUUAUGCCUAUGGUUUCCUACGGCUUGCAUCUGUUUUGGUGUUUUAGCAAUGCAUUAAUUUGCCAGGCUUAGUUGUACAAUAUACCAACCAGACUGAAAUUGGCACAGCGGCGAGCAAGCAAGCAGAAGAUAGAUUAUACCAUCAAAAAUCAAAAUAUGGCAUUUUGAACGCAUUUCAAUCGAGUAAUGUUUAGGUGCUAUCGCUUCGGUUACAUUCGCAUAUCAUGGGAUAAUUGUAACAUAGCGGCUCAUUAGAAUUCGUAUAAUAUCUACCAAUAGUAUAAAAUGAAG